AUGGCCUCUGUCCACAUGCUGGUCAAUGGUGAUAUGGAGGAUGUGAGAUUGGUCGCCUUUUCUGAUGAAGACCCUGAACGCGCUGCAAAUUGGAGUACGAGCAGGAAGAUUCUCGUCCUGAUAAUCGGACUUGCACUCGCAUCUAACAGCACACUUGGUUCCUCACUCCCAAGCGGCGCUUCUCGCUAUCUGUCCAAGUACUGGAUGAUGCUGGCAGGCGUGACGGAAGAACCACCAAGGAGCGACUUUGAACACUAUACAGAGACAAACUAG